CUCGCGAACCAACUAACAACGAACAGUGAUACAAAGUGCACCAUGCAGAUCCCGAGCAUAAGAUUAUGGGCAUUCGUGGUUGCUUGUUUUACCGUGCAAUGUGGAGCCUAUCCGGGAUGGCCUAUGUACCCUCAACCAUCCCACGAAUAUCAAGACGAUGAUUACUAUUACGCACCGAAAGUACAAUAUUAUUACGACAAUCCUACAGUAAAUGCGCCCGAAGUAUAUGGGCAAGUUCCCUAUCCGUACUUUUAUGACCAAUACGGUCACUUCACAAACGAAGCUCCGAAAAGGCAAGAAGAGAGGUUUGCCGCUCUUCCAAUCGGACAAGAAACGUGGUUCGAAAGUGAUGCCUCUCCACACUGGCGCCCCAACGACGUGGAUGAUGUGAGCGCGGCCUUCCUGGACAACUUGAUCCUCACACAAAUGGCCCAAGACGCCCAAAGGCGGCGCGAAAAUGCCCGAGCGGCCUUCCCAACAGUCGACUACGAAGAGCGAGAUGUCGAAGAUGAAGAUGUUCGAGAACUCAAGGCUUUGGCGGGCAAACCGCUCUACCAUGUUCCGAAAACAGUUCCUAAAAUCGAAGAAGAAGAAGACGACUAUCCCAACGACGAAGGAUUCAUCAACUGGGACGGCGGCAACAAGAGAAGCGUUACUACUGCCGCGCCAGUAACGACCACCACGACGGCGAAAGUUGGACAGGCGGAGAUAAUGGUGCCCCGGCCGGCGAACUCAUACAAACACCAGAGUGAUGAAAAUAAAAGGGCGUCGGCAUUCUACGGCAGACUUGCUAAACUGCUGCAGAAAGAAAAGGAGUCAAUACACACACAAUCUGAGGACUCGGCAAAGUCGCGAAAAAUCAACAAGCGUUUCGUGGCGGGAGACUCCGACCUGGUGCUGGAGCUGCGAGGCCUCAAGCACCGCAUACCAACUUAAAGAGAUUCUCCUGACUAUCGCCAACAAUUAUGAGACUGAGUAAUUUGUAGCUUAAUAGGUAUCUAUUGCAACGACCUGGACGGACAGUCCCGGGCCUACGAUCAAAACGACAAAAAAAACUUAGAGUUUGGUCAUAUCCAUUACUUAAAGGCAUCUUAUUGGAAUAUUAUAACUAGUAAACAUGUCCUGUUGUCCACUUCUGGCGAAAUAUCAAAGUCCUAUGUAUCAUCUUCUGAGUAGUCAAAUAAUUUUUCGAUUGUUUACUACGAUGGUAUAUAGCUAACUAAAUAACGUGUAAUAUGGGUGUUAAUAAUCGUACAAAAUGUGACUAUAAUCUCCAUUAAAUUGUCGAUGAUGUAAUUAUACGCUAAAGGAUGUCGACGACACGUUGCUCCUUCGAGUGGCAGCUAUUCAAUUCGCACAAGAGUGCAUUUGUAAAUACCUGUACUGAUUAUAUUUAAGACUUAUUAUUAUUUAGAUAGAAAUACAAUAUACGUUAUGAAUGAUGUUUGUAGAAUAUUUGCGCUAUUAAAUCUGGAGCUAUACGUGGGUUCUGGAAAAAAGAGAGACAUAGUACAUUAAUAAA